GACACGGGUGUGAGGCUCCCCAACGACCCCAGGGUGACCGGCCCGGGCUGGGACGAGGACAGCCGUGCCCGGCGCCCCCUCCGGUCCUGCCGCUGGUGCCCCCGCUCCGCCCCCGCAGUCCGAUGGCGGUGCCCGCGCUGAGGCGCCCGACGGAGACCAGGGUGACCUUUGAGGACGUUGCUGUGCUCUUCUCCUGGGAGGAAUGGAGGCUGCUUGAUGAGGCUCAGAGACGCCUGUACCUCCGUGUGAUGCUGGACAACUUCACACUUAUAUCCUCUCUGGGUUGCUGCUGUGGAGCAAAGGAUGUAGAGGCUCCCACUGAACAGAAUGUUUCUAUACGAGUGUCACAGGCAAGGAAUGCCAAAGCAGGUUCAUCUUCCCAGAAGAGCCACCCCUGUGCCAGUUGUGGGACAGUCUUGAGAGACAUUUUCAACUUUUUUGAGCAGCAGGGCACACAACACAGCCCAGCACUGCUGAGGUGUGGGGCAUGUGCAAAACAAUUUCAUUUCAGUGCAAAGUGUCGCCAAUACCAGGAACAGCAUAUGAGACAGAAACCCUUCAGAAGUAGUGUACGCAGGGCCCUGUUUGUGAAGAGCUGCAGAAUUCACGUGUCAGGGAAGCCCUUUACCUGUGGUGAGGUUGAAACAGACUUCCUGGCCAGCUCAAAACAUCCUCAGCAGCAGGACAGCCAUGAAGUGAAGGAGCCAAACACAGGCACCCAGUGCGAAGCAACACUACAAAGCAGAAAAAGUCAUUACACUUUGGGGGAAAUCAAGAAAAGCAUUAUCCCGCAACACAUACUUGUGGACCAGGCUGUCUGUACUGGAAGACAGUGUUUUGUGUGCAGUGAGUGUGGAAAAACGUUCAGGUAUAAAUCGUCAUUUGUCACUCACUGCAGAGGCCACACUAGAAAAAGUUUCCGUGUGUGUGGUGAAAAUGGAAAACCCUUUAGUGAAACCUCAACCCUCCGUCGAAUACAAAAAAGUCAUACUGAAGCGAGACAGCACAAGUGCAGCAAAUGUGGAAAAUCCUUAAACCUCAAAUCUGCCCUCAUUCAUGCCGAGGGACAGGAAAAUACAGAAAACAAUUAUGUGUGCAGUGAAUGUACACAAUCUUUUAGUCAUAACUCAGUCUUUAUUCAAUAUCAAAGAGUUCACACUGGAGAAAGACCUUAUGACUGCAGUGAAUGUGGGAAAUCUUUUAACAAUCGGUGGAAACUGGUUCGACACCAGAAAACUCACACAGAAGAAAGGCCUUAUGGGUGUAGCGACUGUGGGAAAUCCUUUAAUGACAGGGGGAAACUUAUUCGACACCAGAGAACUCACACAGGAGAAAAGCCUUAUGUGUGCAGUGUAUGUGGGAAAUCUUUUUAUCGUCGCUGUAACCUUAAGUAUCAUGAGCGAAGCCACCUAGGAGAAAAGCCUUAUGAGUGUGGUGAAUGUGGGAAAUCUUUUACCACUGGCUCUGCCCUCUAUUGUCAUCAGAGAGUUCACACAGGAGAAAGGCCUUAUGAGUGCACUGAAUGUGGGAAGUCUUUUACCUGGAUCUAUGCCCUUCAGUGUCAUCAGAGAGUUCAUACGGGAGAAAAACCUUAUGUGUGCAGUGAAUGUGGGAAGUCUUUUACCAGGAUUUAUAACUUUCGUUGUCAUCAGAGACUUCACACUGGAGAAAGGCCUUAUGAGUGCAGUGAAUGUGGGAAAUCUUUCACCUGGAACAAAAGCCUUCAUUACCAUCAGAGAGUUCACACAGGAAAAAGGCCUAGUGAGUGCAGUGAUUGUGGGAAAUCUUCUACCUGGAACAAAAGCCUUUGUUAUCAUCAGAAAGUUCAUACAGCAGAAAGGCCUUAUGAGUGCAGUGAGUGUGGGAAAUCUUUUACCCAGAACCAUAGCCUUCGUUGUCAUGAAAGAAUUCACACAGGAAAAAGGCCUUAUGAAUGCAGUGAAUGUGGGAAAUCUUUUACCUCCCGCCAGUACCUUCGUAAUCAUCAGAGAGUUCACACAGGAGAAAGGCCUUAUGAGUGCAGUGAAUGUGGGAAAUCUUUUGCCCGUCGCAAUACCCUCUCUUAUCAUCAGAGAGUUCAUACAGGAACAAAGCCAUAUAAAUGCAGUCAGUGUGAAAAAUCUUUUGCUUCUAGUUCCACACUCCGUUGCCAUGAGAGAGUUCACACAGGAGAAAGACCCUAUAAGUGCAGUGAAUGUGGGAAAUCUUUUACCACGAGCUCUGCCCUCCGUUACCAUCAACGAGGUCACACAGGAGAACGGCCUUACGAGUGUACUGAAUGUGGAAAGUCAUUUAGGGAUAGUUCCCAAUUCAGUCUACACUGGAGACGUCAUACUGGGGAAAGACCUUAUGAGUGCAAGGAAUGUGGGAAAUCUUUUAUUAGUAGUUCUAAACUUCAUUAUCAUCAGAGAUUUCAUACAGGAGAAAGGCCUUAUGAGUGCAGUAAAUGUAAGAAAUUUUUUAUCAGUAGAUCUAAACUUCAUUAUCAUCAGAGAGUUCACACUGGAGAAAGACCAUAUGAGUGCAGUGAAUGUGGGAAGUCUUUCAUCUAUCGUUCCAAACUUCAUUAUCAUCUGAGAAUUCAUACUAGAGAAAAGCCUUAAGUAUGCUGGGAAUGUGCAAUUUUCUGUUUGGUGUGACAAGGUGGAGGAAAUUCUUUGAAGAGACAUCUCUCUGAAUUGAAACUUUUACAUGUGAAU